AUGCGAGAUCAACUACAGAGUAAGUUGAUGAACUUAAAUCUUUAUUUCUAUCACUUCAACAUUAUAGAUCGAAUAAACGUGAUUUUAGGUUUUCAAUCCUUGCUGACCAUAAACGCUGCCAUUAGUGCAGAGUUUCUGAAUCAACAGAAUAACAUUAUGAAUCUGGAAAACAACAUAUUACACUUGGAAGAACAGCUGUUGACGUUGAUAGAGGAUACUUGUAGAACCAUGCAAAAGGUGAUGAGAAGUUUGGUAGCUGAUCACUUAGUUGGUUGGUUUAUCAGACAAAAAGAGUUGACUUGUGGGCCACGGAUUCUUCAACAAGCUCACUAUAACGAACUGGAUGAGAUUGAGUUAAUGUAAGGUGAAUAUAAUGAGUUUUCUUCAGUUUUUGGGAUAACCAAAUAAAUUCUCUCUUUUCCUUUAUUUAUUUUAUUAUAAUAGUAUUCAAGAUAUUGUUUUAGAUUCGAAGAGUGUGGCAAACAAAUAACAACUCUUCUUAUUAUUGCUGGUGAUGUUCAAGUUCAAAUUGAUGCUGAGAAAAGCUCUUUUCCUCGGCUUCUGAAGCUGAGGGAAGACAUUAUCCAAAGUGCUCGUCAAUUUGUCUGGCAAAGUGUGGUAGUUUCAGUUCAGCCUCCGGCAGUUUUAGUGAAGUGUCGAGGAAGCGACAGUCAUCGUUCUACACGCUUUCCAUGUAGAACAGAAGUCAGAAUUCUUGGAGGGAAUGCGAUUGGCAUAAGGAAACAGAUAAACAAGGUAAAAGUGGAAUUGAUAAGCGAAGAAACAGCCAAGAGAAUUCAAAAAGAUCCUGGUCAAGGAGCUGUCAACGAUCCCACGUUUCAUUUGAUCUACAACGAAUGUGAAUUCAGAAUCGGAGUAGACGAGGGUUCUAGUGUACAAUGUUGCAGGGCGACUUUUGAGAAAAUCGUAAGUUUAUUUUUGGUAUAUUGUCUAUGAUAAUAUCAAAUGUUGUUAACAAUUUAUUUGUUUUCUAUCUCACACUAUUUUUGGAUUACGCUUUUUUUGAAUAAUAGAAAUGAUUAUAACUUUAAGUUAAAAUGCAUCUGAUUUCAGCGUCUAGUGGAAUCAGUGCAGAAGCGUACAGCGUUUGAUGCUGGUCUUGAUGAGAAGAAAGGUACUAGAAGGUCAAGAGUGUCAUCCUUGAGAUAUUACCUGGCUUUUCAUCUCAAUAUUGGACCGUUCUUACAAGGAUUUGUGGCUAAUCCUGUUUCUGUGAAUGGCUACAAGCUGUCAUUGCCUGUAGCAGCUGUAGUCCACUCUUCUUUGGAGGCAGAAGCAGCUUUGUUUUGGAAUCGCUUCUUUUCUGAAGGCGUAUGUUUUUCAUUGUCAAUAUAUAUAUUUAUACGGUGUUAUAUAAUGUCAUGCAGGGUAAUGUAAAAGACAAAGCUUAAUAUCUCUCGUUUUUAGACAGGAAUCUUAUCGCACGCUCCGGACACUGUGCCCUGGGAUGAAGCCAAAAAGGCGUUUAGUUUGAAGUGGGGAGCCUUGAUUCAAGAACCCCAGGACAUCAGAGACUUGAGUGUAGCACUGCCAGAACCAUUGAGUUUGUCUGAAAGGAAUCUGGAACACCUGGCUUUCCGAUUGGAUGUUGAGGAUGGGUUUCUGUGUCGGAAGAACUUCUUUAACAAAACUGUCAGUCACAAGGAGAAUAAGGACGGUAGUCCGUUGCCGUGUGCCUUCUAUGAAUGGUUUUACAAGUGUGCCAACAUGGUCAACAAGUACAUGUACGGACAGUGGCAAGAGGGGUAAGAUAUUCUUGCUUAUAUAUAGGCAUUUGACGAUUGAAACGGAAAAGUUUCAAGGAAACAUAAGUUUGAACCUUCUCAGUGAUGUUGUUGUAGGUUGAUUGAAGGUUUCUGUUCUAAAUCGAAGUCCGAAACCGACCUGAACGCGGCUACUGAGCCAACGAUGAUGAUUCGAUUCUCUGACGUCAGAAUCGGCUUUCUGAAGAUCAGUUGUAAACUUUCCAAUCAUCACAUUGUGCACUAUGAAACCGAAGCUGACAAGAUGCCAGUAGGUACGAGUAUCGCCGAUGCCAUUUAUUCGAAUCCGACUUUUGAGACUAUUGGGAACAUAUAUCCAAACAAGGUAACAUUUGUAUACAUUUAGAGAAAAUAUACAUUUAAGUGUCAUUCAAACAUGUAUAUGUUGGUAUGUUUAGGAAGUGAGAUUGUUGUGGCACAACAGAAGCAACAGGAAGGAGGAGGAGAAGAUGCACGAAGGCUGGAACUCGGCUAUACCUCCAGGCUACUUCGACACAGUAUACCCAUUGGAAAGUAAGCCUGUUGCUACCGUAUUCGGUUCAUAG